GAGAGAGAGCGCUGCUGGUACCGUAGAUGAGUUUACCUAUACCUCUCUGUCUCCACUGAUAAGUAAGAUAAUGAAAUCAAUAGGUUAAACUGGAUUAUACGUACUUGAAGGAUUAUUAAAGUAACCAUAACCUAGAAAACAUGCAAUUUAAAAAUAUAAUCAACGGGUUACACAUCUAGCAGUCAAAUGGCAGCUGUGUUUGAGUCGGCUCGGCUAUCACACAGACACAGCCCCACAGCUGCUCCUCACUUCCUCCCACUCCCACAUUGACACCGGGACCACUGAGACAACACACGAUUAAGCAAGCACCAUGGCUGAACCAACAGGACUGAGCAAUGAGGAGGCCAAUGCUUGCUGUGUUGAGCCUGAUCCCUCCACCAAGGACUUCAUCUUCCAGCAGACCAUGUACCGCAUCAAGGACCCCAAGGUGUCCCUGGACUUUUACACUCGUGUCCUGGGCAUGCGGCUCCUCAAGAAGUUGGACUUCCCCACCAUGAAGUUCUCUCUGUUCUUCAUGGGCUUUGAGGCAGCCGAGGACAUCCCCAAAGAUGAGAAGGAGAGGACUGCCUGGUGCUUCUCCCGCAAGGCCACACUGGAGCUGACUCAUAACUGGGGAACAGAAUCAGAUCCUAACUUCACCCCAUACCACAAUGGAAACUCUGAUCCAAGAGGCUAUGGUCACAUUGGCAUCAUGGUGCCAGACGUGGAUAAGGCCUGCAAUCGUUUUGAGGAACAGGGAGUCAAGUUUGUCAAGAAACCAAAUGAUGGCAAGAUGAAGGGCAUUGCUUUCAUUCAGGAUCCUGAUGGUUACUGGAUAGAAAUCUUCAAUAAUCAGGUCAUGCAGGAGUUGCUGUAAUUGCCGUGUAUUUAACAAAACAAAUAGUGUCAUCCAGAAGUGCAAGAAAAAGAAAGGUAAAGGAAUUAACACAUGACAAAUCUUUUAGAAUGUGACAAGAAAGUGUAAGUGAAACAAUAACAAUGCAUAAGGUUGAUUAUUUAAAGAAAUGGUUUCCAGAACCUUACCAGUUUCAGGUAUGAUUGCUUUCCAGGGUACUGCAAUCAGACUGUGUGGCCAUUUAACUCAGUGAAUAUUUAUUUACAUUUAUAGCCAAUGCUUGAGUUGCACAUAUUGCUUUGAAAUUUUAGUGCCAUCACUGAAUAAUGAAAGAUUGAGUUAGUUAGGCAUGCAAAAACAACUGACAUGCUCAUGGAAACAGAAUGACUGAAUUUGGAAUUGCCUGACCUACCUCAAUGUUUAGUGUUAUUAAGUGUCAGUAGAUGAUCUGGUGUGCCAUGCUCCUGAUGGUAGUGAGGUGCCAUAAUAGUGACAGGGGGAGUGUUGGAAGAUGGUGGGUGUGUACCUGUGUUUGGAUCCUGUAGGUAAAGACACAUUGUGUGUCACAAGUAAUGCUGCCUCUUGUAAUAACAUUGUGCGGACCUUUUUUUUGAAUCUCAAAUACAACGUUAGAAAUUAAUCUUCCAAAGUACAUAGACAAUAAUGCAGAAAUACUCAAUCUUACCUAAUUAGAAAGGAAAUUUAUCCAUGUGUAAUAAGCCCAAGUUGAUUCUUGAUUUUAUUCAGCAGACAUAUUUCUGAAAUAUGGUGUCUGUCUUUUAGUCUUAUUUAACCAACAUAGUUUUUUAAUUGAUUGUAUCGGGGAAGUGAAAGAUGACAUCUGAAGAGAAACACUGAUGACAUUUGUGCCUCUGGGCAAAUAAUUUAUUUUCAAUAUGUUUAGUGAGAAAGUGGCUCUUCAAUUUGCAUGUUAGCAAUUCACAGCCACGUGCCAAUGUUAGAUCUAAGACUUGUGCCACCACCACAGUGCCAAUAGUGCCAGUAGUGCUAUACCUUGAUGUCACCUAGUGAGCUUGGUAUUACUCACCAGGGUGUCUUAAUGCUUAAUUAACUUGUGUUAGUAGAUGUUGUUGUCACAUGUUCAGUGCAAUCCUUACUGAAUAUAGUAAGCUCUUAAAAAGAUGCUAUACCUGAAAGUCUGUUUUCAGUCAAACUUGCUUAAAAGAUGUGGUUGCUGAAUGGAGAAUAUAAAAGUUGAUGAGAUGCAUCAGUAUGAUGAAAUAAAUAACAUUGAAUAUUA